GCCGCCGGCCGAGCCAUGACGGACGCCAGCAACAGGAAAGAGGGCUUCAAAAAAUGCCGGAGUGCCACUUUCAGCAUCGAUGGCUACAGCUUCACCAUCGUUGCAAAUGAAGCCGGAGAUAAGACUGCCAGACCACUUGCCCGCUUCUCCCGGUCUAAGUCGCAGAACUGUCUGUGGAACUCCCUCAUCGACGGUCUCACAGGGAAUGUCAAGGAGAAGCCACGGCCAACGAUUGUCCAUGACCCCCGGCCACCGGAGGAAAUCCUAGCUGAUGAAUUGCCUCAGCUUGAUAGCCCGGAAGCCUUGGUGAAAACGUCCUUCAGGUUACGGUCUUUGGUCAAGCAAUUAGAGAGAGGGGAGGCUUCAGUGGUAGAUCUUAAGAAGAAUUUGGAAUAUGCAGCCACAGUGCUUGAAUCCGUAUACAUUGAUGAAACCAGGAGACUCCUGGAUACGGAAGAUGAGCUCAGUGACAUUCAGUCAGAUGCGGUGCCUUCUGAGGUCCGAGACUGGCUGGCCUCCACCUUUACACGGCAGAUGGGUAUGAUACUCAGAAGGAGCGAGGAGAAGCCGCGGUUCAAGAGCAUCGUCCACGCAGUGCAAGCUGGGAUAUUUGUGGAGAGAAUGUAUAGACGAACAUCAAACAUGGUUGGACUGAGCUACCCACCAGCUGUUAUUGAAGCAUUAAAGGAUGUGGACAAGUGGUCAUUUGAUGUCUUUUCCCUCAAUGAAGCCAGCGGGGAUCAUGCACUGAAAUUCAUUUUCUAUGAAUUACUCACACGCUAUGAUCUGAUCAGCCGUUUCAAGAUCCCCAUUUCUGCACUUGUCUCAUUUGUGGAGGCCCUGGAAGUAGGAUACAGCAAGCACAAAAACCCUUACCACAAUUUGAUGCACGCUGCCGACGUUACACAGACUGUGCAUUACCUCCUCUAUAAGACAGGAGUAGCAAACUGGCUGACAGAGCUGGAGAUCUUUGCUAUAAUCUUCUCAGCUGCCAUCCAUGACUAUGAGCACACCGGAACCACCAACAAUUUCCACAUUCAGACCCGGUCUGACCCAGCGAUUCUGUACAACGAUAGGUCUGUUUUGGAAAAUCACCAUUUAAGUGCAGCCUAUCGCCUUCUACAGGAGGAUGAGGAAAUGAAUAUUUUGAUUAACCUCUCAAAGGAUGACUGGAGGGAGUUUCGGACCUUGGUAAUUGAGAUGGUGAUGGCUACGGAUAUGUCCUGUCAUUUCCAGCAAAUCAAAGCGAUGAAGACUGCUCUGCAGCAGCCAGAAGCAAUUGAAAAGCCGAAAGCAUUAUCCCUGAUGUUGCACACGGCAGACAUUAGCCAUCCAGCAAAAGCCUGGGAGCUCCACCAUCGCUGGACGAUGUCACUCCUGGAGGAGUUCUUCAGACAGGGCGAUAGAGAAGCAGAGCUGGGGCUGCCUUUUUCUCCUCUGUGUGACCGAAAGUCCACCAUGGUUGCCCAGUCACAAGUAGGCUUCAUUGAUUUCAUUGUGGAACCCACCUUCACUGUGCUCACGGACAUGACAGAAAAGAUCUUGAGUCCUCUAAUUGAUGAAACCUCUCAAACUGGUGGGACAGGACAGAGGCGUUCAAGUUUGAACAACAUCAGUUUGGCAGAUGCAAAGCGAUCAGGUGUCAAGAGCUCUGGCUCAGAAGGAAGUGCCCCAAUCAACAAUUCGGUCAUCCCUGUUGACUGUAAGAGUUUUAAAACCACUUGGACUGAGGUGGUGCACAUCAAUCGGGAGAGAUGGAGGGCCAAGGUGCCCAAAGAGGAGAAGGCCAAGAAGGAAGCAGAAGAAAAGGCUCGCCUGGCCGCAGAGGAGAAGCAAAAGGAAAUGGAAGCCAAAAGCCAGGCUGAAGAAGGUGCAUCUGGUAAAGCCGAGAAAAAGGCAUCUGGGGAAGCUAAGAAUCAAGUCAACGGAACAGGAACAAACAAAAGUGACAGCCCUCGUGGGCAAAAUUCCAAAGCUGAGAAGUCAUCAGGAGAAAAGCAACAGAAUGGUGACUUGAAAGAUGGUAAAAAUAAGACAGACAAGAAGGAUCAAUCCAAUGUCAGAAAUGAUUCAAAGAAAACAGAUGAUUCAGAAGAGUAAAACACACCUCAUAGACAAUAAGAGAGGCUGCCAAUGUCUUGCAUCAUUUUAGCUGAGCUUCUUCAUUCUCUUCUCCUUCCACAAAGACCUGUAUCUGGGGAAGGUGUACAACUUUCAAAACCAAGCCCCACCCCUGCACUUGGCCUUCUCUCAUGCCAUCUCCUCCCAGGAGAUGACUUUCUGGGAGCUGGUGUGAGGUCUUAGAACUCUGGGGGAAUCCCCCCAGCCCAAGCAAACAACACAACUUCCGAGUUUUGCACAAACAGAAACAACACAUGAAGGGACUUCCUCAAAAUCCUUUGCUAAUGCCCUGGCUUUCGAGGCACCUGUCUGGCCUGAUGGGAACGGACAUCCUGGAAAUGCUGAGAGAGGCCUGAGAAAGCCACACACACAGGAAUUGCCACUGUAUUUCUUUAUGUGUUGUUAUUUUUGCACUGGUUGCUGAUGGUGGAUGCAACCAAGCUGGCCUUCAUCGCAGCUAAGAUGAUGGUUUCAGUCUCUGGUUGUUCCUUUCCUGAGUCAGGAACAUUCUUUCUCUCCAGUUUUCUUUCAGACUUAGAAAUUGUUCCCAUGCUUUUCUUUCCAUUUAUAUAAUAUGAAAUUCGUUCCGUUUUAUAAAAAAGGAGAUUUUCCUCUUCUUUAUUUGAUGCUUAAUUUACCUGUGCAUUCAUUAAUACAAACCUGAAUGUUUCAGCUCAUGACCAUAUUGUUCAGGUGGGAAACCCAGUGUUUUCAUUGAGUAGCAUCCGUGACUAAGUGGUUACUGAAAUUUUUACCACUGGCUGGUCCUCUUCUUUUGAAUAUUUAUGGUUUGACCUAAUUGCUCUUCUUUCUAUUCAGGGAAGUGCUAAGGGAAUUAGUAUCAGGGAGAUAUGUCCAAUAAUUUUUUUUCAUUUUAAUGAGCCUUUAGAAGUACCAGAUAGGAGAUGAUUAAUAGCACGAAUCAAAAAUAAGAAUAGUGGAUGUCGCAGGGAAAGAGACGAAAAAUACAGCCCCCUGAAACCAAAUCAAGAAUGGGAUCCAGUGGAGUGCAAGUCAAGGAAUUUUGUGGAUCUAAAUGGUGUGAUUUGAAUGAAACUGAUUCUUCAAAUGGAGUUGUGGUUCACAGAGGAAUCUUUGAGUCCUUCCUAAGGGUAAAUCGGAAGAGGAGUACAAAUAGGAAGAGAGAGAGAGCUGGACGGUAGGCUUAACUGUAUUCCUCGUUGCAGAUUUAAUUUCCACAUUGAAAACACAAAAACAAACAUUUAAAAAAUCCUCUCAGUACUAAGGCAAAAUGUUGGUAUUUCUUCAGACAGAAAGGAGACUGUGUAUGUAAUCUACCAGGCCUUUUGUCUCACUGAAAUAUUCCCCAACAGAAAGAUCUGGAGAACUCUGUGGUGUGGAACGCACAGUCGUGUACUGAUAUUCGAGCAGGGUUCUUAGAUCAGAUUUCCGUUUUGCUUGGUAAUAACACGGAUUUUUCUGUUGCUCCUCCUGUUUUCCUAACAGUGACCACAGUAAGUGAUGUGGUCACAAAUUCAAAACAGGAGUUUAGCAGGUCAAGUAAAUGAGUACAGCAAGCUAUAAUAUCAGAAUGAUUGCGAUAAAUGGCAAUUCAUCGUGGGCCUGGGUAUCAGAGAGGCAGUGAGGAGCAGUAGGGGGGAAGUGGGGAGGGCAUGCACUGCCCCAAGGGGGCAGUGGCUGGCAGCUACGGGAUCAGUGCUAUGUGGGAAUGAGGGUCCUAGAUACCUAAGAUUUUAUGUAAACCCCCUCCAAAGUUUUUAAUAUUGGCAACUAAUUCAGAAACUUACACAGUGCUGGCCAAAGAAAACAUGCCUAUGAACUGCAUUCAAUGCAUGGGACAUCGAUUUGCAAACUAUGCUCUUUGAGGUGGUUUUAAAUAGAAGUGAAAUACAACCAGUGCAUGUCAGUUCUUGACCUUGGAACCUGAACUUUUGACCUCACUUCAAUUCUGUAUCUUUCUAUGUAGAGCUUUGCAACCAAUCAAAAUAGAAAGGUGCAGCUUCCCUUUUAUACUCAAUCAAGACUAAACAAUAUUUGAAAAAGAAAUAGGAAUAUAGCCGUUUUUUCUAGCACCAAUAAAGAUGGAAAUGUUUUACGUUUGCUUUAAGUCAUUAAUUUAGCUGGAAAAAGGUGGGAAGAGAAUUUUAUUCAGGAUAGCACUCUGCUUGGAACUCAGCGUGGAAAAACAGAAGCACUAUGUGACUCUUAUUUUUAAAUCCUUAGAAAGUGUUUUGAAGGGACAUUGAGUAAAAAAGCAAAAUUAUCUAUUUUUUUAAAUAAAAAACAAUGUAUUACUGUGCUAUAAAUUGAUACUGGAGCUGGUAAGACAACAGUAUUGACUGGAAGAACAGUAUUUCCAGAGCUCUAGCUCACUUGCUGUGGUCUUUCCAUUCUCCUGAAACAGCUUCCUCCAAGUUGAGAAGCGAAGUGGAAGACACCUUCUUCCAUUGCACGGAUUGUGACAUCUUACUCUGUAUUCCAUUGUCACUUAAAAAGCAAAGGCUUACACACCUGAGUUAAGAAUUAACUGGUAUGUGGGGAAAGUACUAGGGAUAUUCCCACCAUUGACAAACCACCAGUUCUACAUGUCCCUGGGUAGAAAGUGACAAAUGGAGUUAGCCCUUGAGUUUGGGUCCCCAUGUCACCAACUAGCUCUACAGCCAAGUUUUGUGGAUGCAGUAUGUUUUGCUGCCAUAAUGACCGAACCAUAAGCAGGUCUUUGUUCCAGCUUUUAUUCACGCCCACCUUUCUUAGGUUAUGAGCCCUAGUAGUUUAUGGCAGCAGGCAAGAGACUCAUUUCUAACCCAUUAAAUUCAAAUGGCUUUUCUUCCUAUGUCCAUUUCAUUCCUGGAGCUUUUAAAAAGCAUUGAAAACAUCUGACAGGAUCCCAUUAAGGACCUGAUAUACUUAAACAAUAAAAUGAUAUCUAGACAUCUGAGAGCCAAAGAACAAUCUAGUGCACCUGUUCAUUUCGUUUGCAGAAUUAAAGCCAUUAUAUUAUAUUUUCCACCUGAUGUGAUGCCUCUAGUAAAUAUGAAAAAUAGAAAGUAAAGAGCAAUAUUAUCACAGGAUGUGAGACAGCAAAUAAAAAGAUGGAGACCAAUUUUGUAAUCCAUAUUUUAGGAGUAAGGAUGCUGGUCUUUUAAUAUCACUUCUGUCAUGGAUCAAUUUUCUUUAGAUAGAUAGAUAGGAAGAAUAUGUAAUGUGUUUUCUUCUAUUCUUAACCUUUGAGCAGAGACUUACAUGGUAGAAAUGACUUCAUAACAUUCCCCAUGAAGUAAGGAGGAAAACAAAAGAAUAAAGGCACAAAAUCUUUUUCUCAUAAUGAGAUGGAGAAGAUUCUGAGAUUAAAACCUAUGUAUGUAACAUUAUGUCCCCCAUAAAGGGGAUUUAGGAAAUAAACUUCAUUCUGAUUGCAAGAUUCCCACACAUCCCAACAGGAUUUGCACCACUGGCCCACCACAGUGCCUGGCAUACAGUCAGCGUUCAGGAAACACAUGCAGAACUGUCCAGCUGAAUUCCACUAGCCACCUGUGAGUGCAAAGUUCAAGUUUACCUGAAAAUGCACUCAACGUCUUCUGUCAAGUGUAUUGCUAAAGGCUUAUCUUCUAAGUAGGUGCAGACAUACCCUAGUGACACAAAUAGCUUAUUAUAAGGGACAGGAAAUUGCAAGUAGUAUGGGGGAAAUUAUCAGAGCCAAGUUUAUGAAACAAAAUUAAAACUUCUCUAUGGUUUUUGGGUUUAAGGAAAACAAACAAAUGAAAAAACAAACAAACCAAAACAGGAUUUAUGUGAAAAUUCACUUCCAAAAGGGGUGAUGACACCAUUACCAGUGGAUUUAUUUAUAAUCCAAGUUGUAACAUUUAAAAUCCAAAAUAGACUUUCUUGAAGCGAGUAAAAGCAUCUAUAUGUGCAGCAUGGGGAAUCAGUGCUCUGCCAAUAUUAUGGUCGGUAUAGUACUGAACCACAGCAAAGUUGGUUGUUAAAGAAAUAACGUUGCAAUAAUGAUGUUAUAUUGGCUCUUCUUUGUGAAUAAAUGGAAAGUAAUAUUUGUAAUUCAUUGAUAGUGAUCCAUGAUUAAAGGCCUCAUCAUUUAGAACGUGAACUUGAAAAAAUUGUAAUGAGCAGCACAAUAUUUGUAUAAAAUAUCCCUCUGAGAACCAAGAGACACAUUAUCUGCCAAGACCAGAUGUCAGUUGUUAAGGUUUCCUCUCAUCAAACACACUGGUGGGCACAGAGAUGACGGCAGAAUUAGAAUGGUAACAGAGCCUGUAGGACAUUAGACAGGGUUCAUCUGAUAAGUGAAUUUGGGUCCAGGGAAGUUUAGAAAAUGGGGAGAAGUCCUCUGGAUGUUUUCAUUGGACAUUUUCAAAAGCCUAGAUGCUCCUCCAGGAAAUCUGCAAUAAACAACGAUUGUUUCAUCAAAAGAAUAUCUUGUUUUUACAUUGAACAAGAGUGGGGUGCAGUGGGAGACCCGGACUGAAAGAUUCAUGAAAGUCAAUUUAAACACUAUUAAGUCCUGAUUAUGUUAACUAAUGCCCCUCCACCUCAUCCAUUUUUUUCUUUAAAAUAUUGGCAGACAUAUUUGAAAUGAAUUGACAUUUAUUCUGGCUUCUGUUCUCAAGCAGAAAUGGAUUGCCACUGACAAUGGCUGGCUUCACUAAAUGAACUUGAACCCAGCCUAGAUAGCCAUCCACUGAACCAAGGGGUGGUGUGUGGGCCCUUCACCUCACUCAGGGCACACUUAGCCUCCACUGGGGAGAUCUCACCAUCUCUGGGGCUUAAUGCUUGCUGUAGUAGGCCAGUCAUUGCCAUCUUGCAGGCUGUCAGCUUUGGUCAGUUUCAGUCAUGUUUGCCGAACCUCACCCAUGUAUCUUCAUGGAAGCUGGCUUUUGGACAACAGAAGCAUUUCUCUGUCAGGUUACCGUGCAGGAGAACUCAUUUAAAAUAAAGCCCAUUAAAACCCAAUGGCUAUGGAAUAGCUUUUCAAUAGAUUGCCCUGGAGGCAUACCCUUGUACAGUUUUUGCUUCGCUGUGGUGAUCUAUCUUGGGGUAGGUAUUUGUGUACUAGUGUCCUUGUCUUUGAGUGGAUAUAUGUGUGAUGGUACAGGGUAUAGUCGCACACCAAUAUACAUAGGUUUAUAGUAAAAAUCUACAGCCAUAGGUAUUGUCCAGUAACUGACUCUAGAGAUAGAACUGUAUACAUUUUCCUUUUUUCUUGCUUUGAUGAUAUUUUUAUAAAAUUUUAUAUGCUGUAAAAAAUUUUUAAAAAUAUUUGCUAUUUUCAUUUGUAGAGCUCGGUUAGGUUUUUAUCAACUCUGGUGCCCGCUGUACAGCCAGAUUCCUCCCUCCACCUAAUCUAAGCAUUCUCUCGCUUUUUCAUACUUUUUCUCUCACCUUAUUUUCUUCUCUCAUUUUUAUACCUUUUGCAAAUUCCUUCUUUCGCCUCUGUCCAGGCAAGUCAUUCUGCUUGCAGCAUCUUUUUAGCACAUGGAAACACAAAAUAAUGGAAAAAACAAAAUUAUCUUGUUCCAGUGUGAUCCACAUGAGGAAAGGUUGUGGGCCAGGGAUGGGGUAUGGGUAGAUGGGGAGGAGGGAAUAGUUUGGGGAAAGGAAGCAGGAAAAAAGAAAUCCUCAUGGGAUAUCCAUUACCCAAAGCAAGGUGACUCACUUUGAGCCUAAUAUAAUGCUCUUACAAUCUCUUCUCAAUCUACGGCACAAUUUUUGUACAAGGUUUUUCUCCUUAGGAUAUUAAGCCCUCACCAUGGGUCUCUAGACCUUUCCUUACUAGGGCACUGGCCACCAACUCAGCUCAUCUCCUCAGCCUGAGAUUUUGCUGCUGUUCAGCUGGAUUUCGGGGAGAUGUCUGGAUUAAAAUCAAGAAUGUUUAACAAGACUCAAAAGAGGGAGGCAAGCAGAAUCAAAACCCCAAACCUCAAUCCAAAUCAUGCCGAAUAAAUAGUUCUCUUCAGGAAUAAGGAAGGGAUUUCUAGAUAUGUUCUGAGAAAGCUCUUCCAAAAGGAAAGAUGAUGAAAUGGACUUUGUCUGUAUUUUAUGGCAGUGAUAGAAUGUACUUCCAUGAUGUGAAAUGUGUUUUUAGCAGAUAAAAUGCAGGUUGCAAUUUGCAAGAGAAUGGCCAUCCAUUUUAAGAAAAGUGUUUUGUUCCCUGUGAUGCUGAUUUGUACUAAAAGAAACUAUUCAAAUGCCAUAGCCUCACAUCUCUAAAUGCAAAAAUAAAUCAUAGGGAUUCAUGUAAAACGGAAUAUGCUAAACUGCUCUCAAUAAAUUAUGUGUUUAUUGUAAACCUUUAUUGCACAGAUGAGGCUGACAGUCCCUCAAUGUAUAAUUUUCCCCCAGCAUCUAGUAAUGAAUAAGUACUUGUAUGUUCUUCUGAUUACCAAAUAAAAACAAUGAG